CGCCUCAUUCAAUCGGAUCAGUCAUUUAUCUGUGGUUAGUUAUUGUGGUGGUGUGACCGCGUGAUCGCAACUGUCGUGAUUGUAAUUUCUGUGACAAUUUAAGAUUUCGUGAAGAAUUUUGAGUGAAAAUGGGCGACGUUCAAGCCGGUCAAAAUACCAAUACAUUCAUAUUGGCGGGGAUUACGAUUCUAUCAUGUGUAAUAUUACACUUUUUGUAUAAGACCAUCUUUGGAAGCGAGAAAAAGGAAGCGCAAACACAUGAGAAGGAGACCGAUUUAGGAGCUCCCACAGAAGAAACCGUCACAGAGACUACAUCCACCGAGGCGCGCUCUGGUGCGAAAAACAAGAAACGAGUGCCGUGGAAAGGGAAGACUGAAUACAGCCAUCCAUGGCUCCUAAAGAAUCUCAAGGGUCACCCCGGAACAGUUCUGCUAGUGGACUUCUCUGCCAACGGCAAGUUUAUGGCCGCUACCUGUGAUGAUGGUUCAGUGAUCCUUUGGGACAUAAGAGAUCUGAGCCAGAAGGAGCACAAGAACCUUCGUGUGAACAUUGAAUUCGACCAUGCCUCCCACGUCGCCUGGAGUCCCGAUUCUAAAGCUUUCAUCGUGCAUACUGUUCGCGAGAACCACAUCAUAGUUUACAAGAUUGAAAAGAAAAAGGACGGCACUAUCGGCUCCGCUACACCAGUCAUCACGUUCGACAAGGUUCACGAGGAAGAUGUGGUUGGUUUCGACAUAUCGAGCAAUGGGAAAUUCAUGAUGUCAUGUUCGUCGAAAACUGACAUGGUUAUAUGGGAUCUGAAAGGCCAGCAGUUGGAAAAGCUCGAUACAUAUUUAAUGAGCACCCACGCGGCUAAGAUAUCUCCGUGCGGUCGCUUUGUGGUCGCCACCGGGUUCUCUCCAGACGUCAAGGUUUUGGAAGUGUGCUUUACAAAAAACGGCGAGUUCAAACAAGUGACAAAGGCAUUCGAGCUGACCGGCCACUCAUCUGGCAUUUACGACGUUGCCUUCGACGUGGACACGUCACACAUCGCCACGAUAUCGAAGGAUGGCACGUGGAAGCUAUAUCACACAAAGAUCGAAUACGCCCGCGGAGAAUCGCCCCACGUGUUAGAAUCAGGCACGUAUACACAGUCGGCGAAUCCGCCGCGAAUCGCGCUCUCGCCUAACGCGGAGGUGCUCGCCGUGUCGGUCGACUCGUCGGUCGAAUUCUACGACACUUAUACCGGCAAGCUGUAUGACACCGUAGAGAAUGUUUAUUCAGGGUUAAUCAACUAUAUGAAAUUCGACGCGACCGGUAAAUAUUUGUUCGUGUGCGGCGACCGAGUCGUGAGAAUCUUCCACAAUGUCUGCGGAUACCAGACUACCAUAGACAGCUGCAACCGGCUGUUGAAGUCUAAGCAGACCUCGGCCACUGUGGAGCGCCUCAAUAAAACCAUACAAGACUGCAAGCAAAUUUUGUCCAAAUACGGUAAGUAACGCCAUCUGUGCGGCAAAUAUGACAUUAGAAUAAGUCUUGUGAAUUGCAUUUAUUUUCGUAAUAUUACUACACUAUUUUUAUAUUUAAAAAUAUGAAAUACUUUUGGUCACAAUAUUUAAUGUUAAAUAAUUAUGUAUUUGAUCUCAAAAUUGUUUUCUCGUAAAUUUUAAAAUGUUAGUUUUUAUACCAUUGUAAUACUAUGAUUAAUUAAUUGCAUUUUUUUUAUCAACACCGUUAUUAUGUCAAUCAUUGGUAAAUCCCAGUGUUUUAUUUUCACUUUUAGCCCACAUAAUGGGGCAAAACUGUUGAUUUUGUUUACUGACCUUUUGUUGUAAUCGGACACGUAUAAAAAUUAGGUAAAAUAAAGAUAGGUCCCCAGGCACCACAUGGCACGAAAAAUUUUAAAUAUAGGUUACUAAUGAUAUUUGACAUAAACAAAUCUGUAUACACCACGGUAUUCAAUUGCAUACAUUAAUAUCGACGGGUGAAAGGCAAAUUGUCCUAAGCGACAUUUUAUUUAAAAAAAAAAUUAACUACGUUAAACAAACAUAGAAAAACCUGCUUAUUUUAAAAAUGUAUGAAACUUAGUGUCGCAAAUAAUGUUGGUUAAGACAAUUAGCCUUUCAACCGUGUUUAUGUAUUCUUUAGCGUUUUGUAUUCAUCGUAUAAUAAAUGUGUAUUCCGUUGCCAAGUGCCAUCUAUCGGAACUUUACUUACCUACGUGUCCAUAGCAAGUAACAAAUCUCUUACAAACAGUUUAUAGUUGACAUUUGUUAUAACUUAACAUUCUUGUGUUGGUGCCCAUUUUCAUAUGUCUAGUUAGCUUAUUGUGUUACAUUACAUAUAAGUUUUUAUUUAAUAGAUACCUACAACAUAAAACCAUCUUAAUCAAUGAGUUUUUGGCACAACACAAUUGUAAUUAAAGGCGUAUCUAAUUUGAAUUUGUUAUGCAUUUAAUUAUAUAAAAAACAAUAAUAUGUUUAGUUUGCAAUGAAUAAUAUUAUUUAAUAAAACACAUUUUCAUUUGAUAUUUACUUGGCAAGUGCAUCGACUCACAAGGACUAUAAGAACAUACCUAUUGUUAUUUGCUUACAUAACCUGUUGUCUUAGUUUACACUGAGUUAUGGAAAAAUAUAUUUUUCUCGCAAUAACAAACAGUCGCAAAUGAAUAACAAACAACUCAUGGCGUAAUUGAUGGUGUUCCAAUAUUUAUCAUUUGUUAUUGUUUUUACAUCGAGUGUUGUAAUUUCAGUCAUGUUUGUAGGGAUUCAAUUUACAUGUCAUUAACUGGUUCCUAAGUUAACCCAGUGCUAUGAUUUAUUGUAUGUUUUAUGUUUAUUCUCAUUUCCAUACGAAUAAAAAUCACAUAUUUUUUUACAUUAUGUAUUUUUCAUAAUAAAUUUGCAAAUUAA